AUGGAGAACUACCAGAAGUUGGAGAAGGUUGGAGAAGGAACCUACGGUGUCGUCUACAAGGCCAAAGACCUCCUCCACAACAGCCGUAUCGUUGCGCUCAAAAAGAUCCGUCUCGAGGCAGAGGAUGAGGGUGUCCCCAGUACCGCUAUCCGCGAGAUCUCGCUCCUCAAAGAGAUGAACGACCCGAACAUCGUCCGACUCCUGAACAUCGUUCACGCCGACGGCCACAAGUUGUACCUGGUGUUUGAGUUCCUCGACCUCGACUUGAAGAAGUACAUGGAGUCCCUCCCAGUCAGCGAUGGUGGCAGAGGCAAGGCUCUACCUGAAGGCUCUGGUCCGGAUCUGGGACGACUGGGCCUGGGUGAUGCGAUGGUCAAGAAGUUCAUGAGCCAGCUCUGCGAGGGUGUGAGAUACUGCCACAGCCAUCGUGUUCUCCAUCGCGAUCUCAAGCCCCAAAACUUGCUGAUUGACCGUGACGGCAAUCUCAAGCUGGCCGAUUUCGGUCUUGCUCGCGCCUUCGGUGUCCCCCUUCGAACCUACACCCAUGAAGUCGUCACCCUGUGGUACAGAUCGCCCGAGAUCCUGCUUGGAGGUCGCCAAUACUCUACUGGUGUAGACAUGUGGUCCGUCGGAUGUAUCUUCGCUGAGAUGUGCACUCGCAAGCCUCUCUUCCCAGGAGACUCGGAGAUCGACGAAAUCUUUAAGAUUUUCAAGCUCCUAGGCACCCCCACCGAAGCCGAAUGGCCAGGCGUCCAAGACAAGACCUGCUUCCCUGACUUCAAGCCCUCGUUCCCCAAGUGGAUCCGCGACGAGUCGGUCCCCCUCUGCUCGAACCUUGACGAGAAGGGACUCGACCUCCUCGAGCACAUGCUGGUCUAUGACCCCGCCGGUCGCAUCUCCGCCAAGCAGGCCUGCAUGCACCCUUACUUCGAGGAAGGCAGCUCCGCAUACUCUGGUCGUGGCGUGGGACCUACCUACACCACCAAGUCCAACGGAUACCGCUGA